AUGAACCCACGCCCCACCCCCGGCGGCCGGAUCCUCGGCAGUGCAGCCGGCCGCCGCAGCCUCUCCCCCGCCAUAACCUCCGCCGGCCGCAUCUCGCCCUCCGCCAGCUCCGUCUCGCUCAACUCGGACUUUGGCAGUCUCCGGGACGGGGGGGCGCCGAGUGUGUCCGGCGGUGAUACCCUGAUCUGCCCCAUCUGCUCGGAGGAGAUGGUGACGCUGCUGCAGCUCAACCGACACAUCGACGACAUCCACAAAGAGCUCGACGCCCCCGAAAAAGACGACAUCAGCACCUGGUUCCGCAAACGCAUCAUCAAAGCCAAGACCUUCCAGCCCGUCACAGUCCUCAACCAAAAGCUCAAAGGCCUCGACGUAUUCGAAUCCAACGACGCCCCCGCCCCCACCACCAACGGCGGCAGCGGCAUCAGCAGCAGCAUAGCCGCCGCCGAGGCCCCCGACCCCGACAUCGCAGUAACAAGAUACCACUGGCAGCGCUCCACAAACGACGACUACUGCCUCGACCCCGUGUGCCAGAAGCCCCUCGGCGCGCUCAACGGCUCCGUCAACUGCCGCAAGUGCGGCCGCCUCUUCUGCGAGGAGCACACCAUGUACCAGAUCAAGCUCUCGCGGUCGGCGCAGCACGAGCCCGUGCGCGGCUUCUGGUGCCGCGUGUGCGAGACGUGCUACAAGUCGCGCGAGGGCUACAACGACCACCAGGGGCUGGUGCGCGACCACACGGCGGAGUUUGCGGCGAUCCGGCGCAAGACGGUGGACCGCGCGUAUCUGGAGGUCACAAGGCUGGAGAAGCGGCUGACGAAGCUGACGCAGCUGCUGGUGGCGCCGCAGGCGGAGGUGGGCGCGGGCGGCGGGUUUAUCAAGGCGGUGGCGAGCCUGAGGGGGCAGAGGAGGGCGCUGGAGCAGUCGGUGGUGGCGUGGGAGGAGGAUGCGGAUGUGCAUGUGUGUCCGUACUGCAAGCAGACGUUCUCGCAGUUUGGGCUCAAGAGACACCACUGCCGGCUCUGUGGGAAGGUCGUCUGUGGAGACCUCCGGACCGGCUGCUCGACUGAGGUCGGGCUGAACGUAUCAGCCAACCCCAACCCCAACACCCCCACCACCAACUCCCUCUCCGAAAAGCCCUCCAACGACCUCUCCCUCGACCUCCGCAUCUGCACCACCUGCAACACCACCAUCUUCUCCAAACGCGACUUCGCCCUCUCCACCACGCGCCCCCACCCCUCAACACGCACCUACAGCGCCCUCGUGCAAUUCCAAACCGGCAUCAAGACCAUGAUGCCGCGCUUCCAGCGCCUCCUCGCCGCCCUCCAGGACCCCACCAAAACGCAGACCUCCACGCAGCUGCUCGAGGCCACAAAGACGCGGAAGCGCCUGCUCGACACGUUCGCGCAGUACGACGCCGCCGCGAAGCGCAUGCUGGGCCUGCCGACGGACUCGCCGACGCAGCUGCGGCUCCAGAAGGCGGUGCAUCAGGCGGCCGCGCUGUUCCUGCACCUCAACAUGCUGCCGCUGAAGGCGCUGCCGAAGGUGCUCGGUGGCGGCGGGGGCGGCAGCAAGAGUAAGCGCGCUUCGGCGGCGGCGGCGGUGGCAAGGGUGCCCGGGAGCGCGGUUGUGAAUGGGGGUGCGGCGGCGGUGGUGGGGCCGUCGUCGUCGAGGGCGCUGACGAUGGUGUCUGUUGCGGCGCCGGCGAAGAAGGAUGAUGAUGAUGAUGCGCGGGAGAAGGAGAUGAAGGAGGAGCUGAUGGUGCUGGAGGAGCAGCGGUUCCUGGUGGGCGAGAUGCUGGGCGAGGCGAAGGCGCGCGGGGUGUUUGAUGAGGUUGCGGCGCUGGCGGGGAGCUUGGAGGAGCUGGAUAGAGAGGUGGAGAGGGUUGGGGGCUUGAUUGCAGAGUUUGAGAUGGGGAGGUAG